AUGGCAGACCAAAUCCCCAAGCAGAUGCGCGCCGCGGCUAUCAAGGACUUCAACAAGGGCUACGAAGUCAAGGACAUCAACGUCCCCACGGACCUCGGACCAAACGACGUCCUCGUCAAGAUCGCCGCCGCAGGAUACUGCCACACCGAUCUGCAAGUACAAGAAGGCGUCUACGCCUCCGCCGGCGCCAAGCCCGGCCUCGUCGGCUCCCACGAGCCUGUCGGCGAGAUCGUGAAGCUCAGCCCCGAGGCCGAGAAGAAGGGCUGGAAGAUCGGCGACCGCGUCGGCUCCAUCAACACCUACGGCUGCUGCGGGAAGUGCAACUCGUGCAACCAGGGCAAGCAGCUCUGCGAUAACCUUACCGGCAUGCUGGGUCUCACCGUCGACGGCGGCUUCGCGCAGUACAUGAAGGCCGACGCCCGUGUCAUCGCCAAGGUCCCCGAGUCAAUUCCCUUCGUCGAGGCGGCACCUUUGUUCUGCGCCGGUGCCACGGUAUACGGCGCUCUGCUCGCUGCCAACCCGCAACCGGGCCAGUGGUUGGCGAUGGUCGGCAUCGGCGGACUGGGACAUCUCGGUGUUCAGUAUGCCAAGGCGAUGGGCGCGAAGGUCAUCGCCAUCGACAACCGCCAAGAAGCCCUCGACCUCGCCAACAGCGUCCCGGCUCACCUCAAGCCGGACCGCACCUACCUCAUCGACACGGAGGAGAAGGAGAAGAAGACGAUCGAGGAGCUGCAGACUUCGUUCUACGACACGAACCCCGGCGUCGACCGCGUCGUGAUCAACACCGAGGCUCGGCCGCUGGUCAAGUUUGCUCAGCAAUUCCUGCGCAAGGGCGGCGUGUUGUGCGAUGUGGGAUUGCCGGCCGACGGGCCUUUCGAGGUCGACCCGUUCGCGUUGAACUUCAAGGAGCAGACUGUUCGCGGAGCCCUCAUCUGCACGCCGGAGCGCAGCAAGGACAUGCUUGAGCUGCAUGCUAAGAACAAGUGCACGACGCACAUUGAGAAGACUUUCAGCGUGGAGCAGGCGAACGAGAUGGCCGAGCACUACCUGUCGAAGCAGCUGAAGGGCCGCUUGUGCAUGGUUUUCUAA